GAGCCUGCCAGGGGAGGCCUCUCCCGCCGCCACUUGGCCUUCACUGCCACCUUCCCUCUCAGAUGGCCUCUGGGGCUCGGGCCUCGAAGAUCUUCUGGAGCAGCCGCGCCAGAGAGCAGAGCAGAGCGCUGGGGAGGAAGAUUGGGCACUGUCUCCAGGCAACGCGCCGGGGGCAGGGCUUCUGCGUCACGGAGGUGCGACCCAGUGGCGGUCGCGGGGCUGAGGUACCGGCGCCGCCUGUAGAUCUGAGCGGCGGGCUGAGGCGGCGCCGGUGCCGCCGGAAGCGCGAUGCCUUGAAACUGAGAAACUGUGUGAAGCAGCACUCUUUCUGGAUUUCAGAAGACAUCAUUUCAUCAUGGGACAACAAAUUUCGGAUCAAACGCAGUUGGUUCUUAACAAGUUACCAGAAAAAGUAGCAAAACAUGUCACACUGGUUCGAGAAAGUGGCUCCUUAACUUAUGAAGAAUUUCUUGGGAGAGUAGCUGAACUUAAUGAUGUAACUGCUAAAGUGGCUUCUGGCCAGGAAAAACAUCUUCUCUUUGAGGUACAACCUGGAUCUGAUUCCUCUGCCUUUUGGAAAGUGGUUGUUCGGGUGGUCUGUACGAAGAUUAACAAAAGCAGUGGCAUUGUGGAAGCAUCACGAAUCAUGAAUUUGUACCAGUUUAUUCAACUUUAUAAAGACAUCACAAGUCAAGCAGCAGGAGUAUUGGCACAGAACUCCACCUCUGAAGACCCUGGUGAAAACUCAUCAUCUGUAACAUCUUGUCAGGCUAGUCUUUGGAUGGGAAGGGUGAAGCAGCUGACUGAUGAGGAGGAGUGCUGUAUCUGCAUGGAUGGCCGAGCGGACCUCAUCCUGCCCUGUGCUCACAGCUUCUGCCAGAAGUGCAUUGAUAAAUGGAGUGAUCGACAUCGGAAUUGCCCUAUCUGUCGCCUGCACAUGACUGGAGCAAACGAAUCGUGGGUGGUGUCAGAUGCACCCACUGAAGACGACAUGGCUAAUUAUAUUCUUAACAUGGCUGAUGAGGUGGGUCAGCCCCACAGGCCGUGACUUUGGGGUGAAGUGCUCUGUUCUGUUGCUGUUGUGGGCUCCAAACACUGGUCCUGGGGAAAGAAUGCAGGCAUGUGGUGGCACAGGCACGGAGAAAUCAAUUUUCCCCACCCUCGUAUUUUUGCUAUUCUGACAAUUUGUCCCAUUUCUUUUGAUGAACUUUUCAUGUCUUCCAUUUAUGAUAAACUAAAAUUUGCUACUGUUUUAGACCAUAUUUUCCUAUUAUUUAUUUGUUCUAAUAUGUGUUUGGAACUAACUGCUCUUGAAUCCUUUGCUGAGGUAACAGCAAUAUUUCCAGAGGCUUCUGAAAGACUAUUUUUCAGGGUAGGAGUAUUCUGGAACCUGCUUAGUUAGGUUUAAAAUAAACCAUUGAAUGUUAAAAAGUGGCCAUCUGAGAGAAAAUUUUAAAUGACUGAAAAUGUAGAAUAUAUCAAAGUGGGUGUUACUACUAAAAUUAGUCUUUCUGCUGGACUCUAAGGAGUAUGUGUGCCCCCUCGUGGUUAAUGAUUGCUCCUUUAAUAAUUUCUACUUGAAAUGAUCCAGUUUUUCAUAACUUUAGCAGUGUGUUUGGAACUACAUGUUUUUUACUUAAAAGUUUUUUUCCCCCAUGCUGUAUAAUUUGGGUGAGGACUAUAAAGGUGGGCAUAACUUUGCCUUGUAAAUGGAUUUCUGCUGGGGAAUCUUCUUGGCCAUUCUGGAAAUGUUUUCCCACAGCAAGGGAACUGUUCUAAAUAGCUUUUGAUUAUGCUUAUGCAUCUUGGAGUUUCAGCAGGAAAUUUUUCAUCACAGAUACUAAAUUUUGUAUGUCCAGAUUAUGAAAAAUCAUUCAAUAUUGGUUUAUGGUGCUUUUAUUUUUCUUAACUCGAAGGCAUCUUUCUGAGGCAAAGUCCUCAAACUUCUUAGACUCAGAGAGAAUAAAAUAGGAUUUAGCCUUUUACCCUUAUGUACAUAAAACACCUCUGAAAAUUAGGAGACGAUUUGGUUUUCUGUUUCAUUGUACUUCCUUUGAAAGAGUAUCGUCCUAAUGGAAUUAUAAUGUUCAGUGGUACUUCGCCCAGUGUUUAAAAAAUUUUGCUUAUAAAGUAAAAUUCGUUUUAUGUUAAACAUUAAUAUUUCAGCAUAUAAUACAACUAGGGCCUGAUGUCGCCUUUUAAAAGUGUGUUCACAUUCUGUGUAACUUUCCUGACUUAUUUUUGGUAAGUUGCAAAUAUUAUUUUCUGAAGUACCAAAAUAUACAAUUUAAGUUGCUGCUUAUUGAUGGCAGAAUUUUUGGAUACUGGGAUUUUAGUAGGCAUGCAAAUUAAAUGAUUCAUUUCUAGGAAAAACGCCUGACCAAAGGUAGCUUGAUUUUACCCCCAAAAUACUGAUAACUAAUUGGUUGACAUUCCUGAUGGGGGCGGCUCAGUACCAAAUAGCUAAACACUCACCAUGAUAUUUAUGCAGAGGACUGGGGCUCUCUCAUACAGCCUCGCAAUGCACUUUAUGGUGUGUGACCUUGAAAAAGUCCUUCCCUGUGGUUUGUAGAUGCAUAUUUUAGAAACUGAAACUGUAUCUGUGGUUUUCACACUUGAUUUCAGCAAUAGAAUCUUUUUUUUUCAAGUAAAAUCUUACUCAGAAUCCCACAUACAUGUGCUGCGUACGUGCACACGCACACACAUACACUACACCACUAUGUCAUUAUUUUAUUAAUACAAAUGUCCUAUAUAAACUUCACAUACUAUAAUACUAAAUAUUAUAUAAAGUCAAUCAGUGAAAACAUGUAUUAACGCCUCAGUGAUAUCCAGGAUAUUAGAAUUUGGUUAAGUAACACAGUUGUAUGGUGGGACUUGUUUUUUUAAUUAAAAUUUUUUAAUUAAAUUCAAGUCAAAUUUGCAGAACCCUGAAUCUCCUCCAUAGAUUGUUAGUAUUCCGUGGAACAUAUUUUGAAAACCUUGGGAUAGAUGAUCCCCUGAGAUCUUUUUCAGCUCUAAGAUUUUAAAUUGUCCUUUUGGAGUAGACUCGCUGAGUCUAAUUCAGAUUGCCUAAUGUUUCUGAAAAUGAACAAAGUUGCUUUACAGAUUUUUGGAUCUUUCCAGAUAUAGCCAAUGAUUUUAUCCCUCAGAAUCCUUUACCUUUCAAGGAAUUAUUUAAUAGUGAGCACAGUAACUUGAUAUUACCCAAAGCUUUUUAUUCUCCAGCAUGAGCUCCAAGACACUAACUGAUCUACUGUGAAAUAUAAAAUGUUUUUAUUAGCCUUAUCUAAUAAAUGAGCAUAGCUUUUUGCUCACUCCAUUAAACUGGGUAAUAAUUCUUUAGAUGUAAAUGUUAGGUAUGUUACACUGUAAUAACUGAUCAUAAAAGUUGUAAAUUUGUUUAAUGGAUGAAAUGUACACUUUUUGUAUUCUGUACAGCUUUGUCUUUUUUAAUUAUGAAGUACUUAAAUGCACUUACUAUGAUAGGAAAUAUAAUGUGUGCCUUCUAGGAUUUGUGAAAUGGUUUCAUGAACUCUAAGGAAUUUGUUUUGUAAGUUGUAAAGUUUUCCCUAUCCUAACUCAGUAACAAAGGGUUUGUUACUCAUAAUAUAAUGCUACAGAACUUUAGUUUAAGAAAAUGGAUUUGACUAUGUGCUGAAUUUCGAAGUUGAGAAUAAUAUCUGUUAUAUUCUUAGGAUAAACUGAUAUAUUGUGCAAUAAAUAAUCUUUAGUAAGUAAAUUUCAGUUAAUUGAAGAGGUUUUUCUUCUUAUCAUGUAGUUUCACAUUCUAACAUACUAAAUGUUUAUAUUCCUUAGAGGACUAUUUUGUAUUGUGCUCUGGUGGGUGGGUUGUGUGCUAUUUUAAAAUUCAUUUCAAAUUAGAGUCGAUUUCCUUAUACCUAAUUUUAUCUGUGUAAUAAGGCUGCUUGAAAAUAUCUUUUGGUUCAGUAAUUUUUUUUAACAUUGGGAGCUGGCUUCAUUAAAAGUCAUUCUGAAGAA